AAAUUACAUAAAUUUGGUCCUUUCAAACGUGAUUAGCGGGACAUAACGACAUAAAUACUCCAAUAACCAAUCAUCAAUCACCAUUCCUUUAUUUGAAAAUUGCAUACCUUUUGACUCUGUCUAACCUCCACAGAAUAAAACUCAAAAUUCCCCCAAUUCAAUUUCUCAAAUUUAACAUUAUCUACUGCACUACUAUAUGAUUGCAGUAUUAUUAUCACAACUAAAUUAAUUUUGUUCUUUUCAUUCAAAAAUUAGGGUUUCAGAAUCAAAUUCAAUCAUCAAGUAACCAUUGAUUGUCGUUGACUUACCACCGAAUUCAAAUCAACAGCUUUUUUUUUUCUUUUGAUAAUUAUUAUUCAUCACCUUCAACUUUUUCCCCCAAUAAUUUUGCCUCAAGAUCCGAAAAUUUCUUAUUUUCUCUCUCCUCAAUUUGUUUCUGCGAUCCGAAAAUUCUCUAGAUCGACGAAUUUAUUUGGUACUCGUCAAAAUCUUGAAGUUUUCAUCUUCAAAUUUCUGGAAAAAGUUCAAAUUUCCAGAAUUGAAUUUGAUAGCGGAAUUUUUCGAUCAAUUGUUAGUGGAAAUUAAGAGGAAGAGAGAGAGAGAGAGAAAUGAGUAGUGAUAAGGAUGGAGUAAAAUUAGACGACGAACAAAUAGCAGAAUUAAGGGAGAUUUUUCGAACAUUUGAUCGAAACAAUGAUGGAAAACUAACUCAAUUAGAGUUAGGGUCGUUGUUGAGAUCAUUAGGGUUGAAACCAAGCGAAGAUCAGUUAGAAACCCUAAUUCAAGCAGCAGAUAAGAACAAUAAUGGAAUGAUAGAGUUUUCAGAGUUUAUAUCAUUGGUAUCACCUGAUCUUAUUCCAGCAAAAUGUCCUUACAGUGAGGAUCAACUGAAGCAGUUAUUUAAGAUGUUUGAUAGGGAUGGAAAUGGCUUGAUUACUGCUGCUGAGCUCGCUCAUUCGAUGGCGAAGCUCGGCCAUGCUUUGACUGCUGAGGAGCUUACUGGUAUGAUUAAGGAGGCUGAUACUGAUGGUGAUGGUUGUAUUAGCUUUCAGGAAUUUUCGCAGGCGAUCACCUCCGCCGCCUUCGAUAAUUCUUGGAUUUGAACCAACCUGGUGUAUGGUGUCUGGUGUAUGCUAUUGCAAUUGCUGGUCUGUGAGUAUUUAGACCUUUUUUUCUUUCAUUGAGAGAUUAACAUGAUUUUGUCAAGGAAUUUGGUUUUGACCUUUAUUACUAUAUAUAUUAUAAAUUCCAGUUUGAUUAAGGUUUA